UUGCAUUUUCGACUUUUUCAAGUCAGUCCAACAGAAUGAGCGCUCAGGCUCCAGCAGACUGGAGCUCAAGCAGCUUCUCGCUGUCUCCAGCGGCAGUCAGAUCGAGCUCAGUCAGCCGCAAUGCAACGCCCAGUCACAGUCAGGGUCACGCUGCUGCUGCAGCCAGCGUCGGAACCAUGACCCCUGGGGCCAGCACAUCGUCAGCUGCUGCGUCCGUGUUCUCUACACCGUUGCGGCCGCUGGCGACGUGGACGAGCGCAAGUACCACUUUUGUUCCGCUCGAGUCCAUUGCCGGCCAGCUCUUGGACGACUCGGACGUCGACUCGAAUAACGUGACAUCGGCGUUAUGGAGCGAUGAUAGUACCAUUGCACCUGGUGCGGGCCGCAGUGCCUCGCAACCCUCCAAAGGGGCGGCGCGUAUGCAAAGCGCGACCCCUCCGUCCCGUUCUGAGCCAGCGCCGCAGCUCGUUCCCAUGACGCCAGGUGCAUUUUUUGGACAGCGUUCCCAUGAACUUGGCGCGCUGGAUAGCAGGUCAGUUGCAACGCCGCUGCGGCCACACUUUCGAAGCAAUCCGGCGUCGGCCGCUGCCAAGCGAACGGCCGCUGGCACAAACCAACCAGCUAGCACCACAAAGCCCGUUGAUCCAUAUAGUUACUCUCGAACUCCGCAAGUGAAUCGGUUUGCGCCAACCGCUCCACUCUACGUUACCGCUCCAGCCGCGAUCUCUGAUGCCGAGGAUGACGACGAGGAAGAAGACGCGACGAAGAGCGCGGCACAACCAGCUUCCGGAGCGCACACAUCCUCAUCAGCACACUCACCAGCACAUCCAUCUGCGGUGACGACUUCAUCCUCUGCAGCCCCAACUCGUACUCUGGCAAGCACCUCGAGCAGUCAGCCAGCUGUUCGGCCCGAAACUGUCCCCGUCAGCCUACACCAGCCAACCAGCAAUCCAUCUGCAAGGAAGAGCUUGUCGUCUCCGCCUCAAAAAGAAAAUGUUCAACCGCACACAUCGGCGAGCACCACCGGCAAGCUGAUUGGCCACAUCAUUGAAGGGGACAGCGUUCUGGCACCUGCGCAACAACGCCCUGCGACCGCCAUGCCCAAUGCUCGAACACCAAUCUCCCAGCCAUCCAUCGCCCUCAGUGGACACAACCUGCUCGAGUCGUGCGCCUCGGUUGCUGGUGGACUACAGAGGAUGAAGUUUAAUGUCCGAAACACUGAUUCACGCCCCUGUGAGAUUGCUGCUCGGAUCGUGCCCAACGAGCACAGUCCGGCACCCCAAGUCUGUGCCCAGUUCUUUGCUUUGCAACCGCCCAGCGCCCACUUGCUUCAACCAACCCAGGAAGCACAGAUUGUAAUCGUGUUUGACGCCAAUCCCGCACUGAUUUCCCAACUGCAGCCUCCAAUUUUGAACGAUCUGCUGGCAGUACUUGAGUUGCAAGUUACACCUGUGGUGCAGGGCGCAGUGGUCUCUUCGCAAUUGGCCAGUCUUCGCCUUCGAGGCCGUGUGCUUUCCAAUAGCGCUGCAGCUCCACAACAACAGCAGCAGCAGCAGCCGUCUGAUUUACACCGCUCCAUGCAAGCCCAACCCAGCCAAGCCACCCAAUCUGUGCAACAACUCCCACCACAAGGUUCUAGUUUCCACCACUCAGUGCAGGCUCCAAGCCAAUCGUCCCAAUCUUCUCCGACGCAGUCCUCCCAGCCUGCAUUAUCCAAUGGGCAAACUGCGACUCCCAGCAAGAGCGAACUUUCGACAGUAGUGAUGGUGCGGUUCCCAAUGGGCACCGAUUCCUCCUCGUCUGCAACUCUUACCUUUUCCAAUCCUUUCCCCGGCUCGCGGUGUCGCUGGAAGCUUCGCCAAGUCGCGCCCCCAUUUCUUCGCCCUUGGACGACUCGGAGUGAAAACGAUUCUGCUCAGUAUGAUUCGAGCAACGUCAUUCGGCUCGCCCCGGGAUCGGCUUCGUUUUUCGAGCUGAGAAACAAGUCGGCGCACGGUGUUCUGGCGCCGGACGCAAUCGAGCAGCUUCCAAUCACAUUUGCACUUGCAGCCGCUACAGCUGCCAUGCUGCGUCUCGAGCUGGAUACCAAUGUGACCUUUGCUGGAGGGUGGGUGACUGAAGGGUGGACGCUGCAGCUGCGUGCUCUCGAUGGCAAAGCUCGAGCGUCCGUGCUCGUAAACAACAUUGCCUAUGUCCAUUCCGACCCGCCAGAGGCUUCGUUGCUCUAAACCGUCAGGGUCAAACGUUCAUAUGAACGGCUAACAAAAACUAUUUACUGUAGAAAAAUGAAGCAUAAUUGGCACGAGACGACCAUGAACAAGUCAUAA